AUGGCCUCCAACGUCGUAAAGAUCCGCUUCCUGACUGCUGCCCAGGUCAUCCAUAUUCACAACAUCCUAAUCACGGCUUCCGAACCCACUCAAGUGGCCAUGCUAGAGUCAGCAGUCCAGUCACCCAUAAAUAUCAAGCACUACACCAAUGAACAGAACGUAUUCCAGCUUGCGGCAAGCCUCUCUGAGAAGGUCAUCAAAAACCACGCCUUAUGGGAUGGGAACAAACGCACAGCACUUCUGGCAGCGGACCUAUUCUUGAAAAUCAACGGGUACAAUAUCCAGAUGGCAUCUCUACAGGGUGUCUGUUCUCUUACUAAGCUAAAACAGGGUAGGUAUAUAACCUACCCUACAAUAUGCACAGGCAAGUGGACAGCCGAGUACCUCGGUCAAUACUACCAGCAGACGGCUAAAGAGCUUGACGAGUUCAACUCCUGA